CUCACCAGUCACCACAGCCACUAGCCGGCGGAGAGGGACACAAGACGACGACGCCCCGCCGCCCCCUCCGGUUUAGCUAGGGUUUUGCGGCGGUGGCGGCGACCAUGGAAGGGGAGGAGAUUGGCCUCGUCCUCGCCCGCGCCUCCGACCUCCGCUCCAGGAUCUCCGCCUGCGUCGCCGCGGCCGGAGCCCCGCAGCCGUCCGAGAGCGAGGCCAGGGAGGCGGUGAAGCGGCUGGGCGCCGGGGAGGAGGACUACAGCGGUGAGGAGGAGGAGGAGGAGGCGGCGGAGGUGGAGAGCCUCGUUGGCAUCAGCGACGCGCUCCAGUCGCUGGAGCGGCAGCUCGCGUCCCUGCAGGACCUCCAACACCAACAAAGAUAUGAACGAGAGACCAUCUUGAGCCAGAUUGAUCGUAGCCGAGGAUUUCUGCUUAACAAGCUCAAAGAAUACAAGGGGAAGGACUGUGAAGUAAUACAUGAGGCUGCUUCCUUUGCUGGUGAAAAAAUUGAACAUGAUGAUGGUCUCAUCCUACCUCCGUACUCAAAUCAUGUCACCAAUUCAUUUGGGCUUGAUGAUCUGUAUCCUCCAGAAUACUUGGCCAAGUUAAAGUGCAUGCGCAACGGACUGGAUUCUGGUGGGAUUAACCAAGAUGAUGCAAAGACAAACGGGCUGGAGGACAGGAAUGGUAGCAUGUCAAACUGCAAUUCACGAGGAGGAAUUAGAUCUUUCAUUGGAUGGCUGGCUAAAACUACAGUAAUGGUUGUAGGUGCUGUAUCUAUCAUGAAGGCAGCUGGUUAUGAACCUGUGAUAGGGAGAAACAGCAUGAAACUGGAAAUUGGAGGGUUGUUCGGUAAGGAGGCAACCCGUGGAAAAGAGCAUGUCACUGUCCAAUGCCCUCCUGGCAAAGUAAUGGUGCUCAAAGAUGGAAGGGCUCACUGUGUUGUGAAGGAAAGAAUCGAGAUACCCUUCGACACAAACCUCGCCUCUCCAAAUGCAAGCUAUGGGUUAGGCUGAACUUGCAGUUUUGUGAAUAUUAGGAUUUAGCUAGUCUUUGAGGCUCUCUAGGAGGUAAGAUCUUUUGUAAAAUGGGUUGAUCACCUUUGUGGAAAAUUCGAACUUUAUGUAUUAUGUCUAAUCUAUGAUCGUCCUUGUCUUGUUAAUUGCCCUUGUGGUGAACUCCAUCAGAAUGCUGCUGCUCAGUUGAUUCCA